AUGGAUACUUUUGACUUAAAUAUACUUCUAAAUUACUUAAUGCAGAAGAAUGCUGCUGUACUGGAAUCUGACGUUUCAAGAGAGAGAAAUUUUCAACAAAGCAAAUCAACGCAUCACAGACAUAUAUCUGAACAUCAAGACAGCACUUUAGCUCCUGAAAAGAAUGAAAGCAGUAGAGGAUUACAAGAAGCUCAAACAUCGACUGGAGUUGACUUAGGGGAAGGAUCAAAUUUUCAACGCAGUUCCUUAGCUCCAGCAAAUUCAACUUAUUUAACUCCGACUAUGACACGAGGACGUUCACUUCAUCUCGAUCCAAGCUAA